AUGGAGAAAGUCUUAACUUCUUUUCUUUUGUUAUUUCACUUGGUUGUGGCUAGUUUAGCCGUGACUCAUACCAACAUUUCUACUGAUCAAUCAGCUCUUCUUUCAUUGAAAUCCCAAAUCAAUUCGGACCCCUUUCACUUGUUGAAUGAAAGUUGGUCUCCGGCUACUUCUGUUUGUCAUUGGGUUGGAGUCACUUGUGGUUCUCGUCACCAGAGAGUGAAGUCAUUGAAUAUUUCCAACAUGGCGCUUAUAGGCAGAAUUCCCGCUGAUAUCGGAAACCUGACAUUUCUUGUUUCUCUUGACCUUGGUAGCAACAAUUUCUAUGGAAAUUUGCCUCAAGAAAUGGCGUGUUUGCGUCGGUUAAGGUUUAUUGGACUUAGUUUUAACAACUUCAGCGGGGAGGUUCCGUCAUGGUUCGGGGUCUUACACCAACUUCGAUAUCUGUUUCUAGGGAAUAAUAGUUUCAAUGGUUCCAUCCCUUCUUUAUUUUGUAAUAUUUCCACGCUUCAAUCUUUGGAUUUGACAUUCAAUUUCAUAGGGGGGGAAAUCCCAAGAGAGAUUGGAAAUCAUAAACAUCUAAGAUUUUUAAGCUUAGGAGGAAACAAGUUUAUAGGUUCUAUCCCUCCGUCUCUCUCAAAUGCCUCAAUGUUGGUGAAUCUAGCCCUUGAUUCCAAUUUCCUUCAAGGAAACAUCCCAGAAGAGAUUGGAAAUCUUCAAAACCUAAAAAUUUUGGUAAUAGAAACAAAUCAACUUACAGGUUCUAUACCAUUCUCGAUUUUCAACAUUUCCGGAAUUGAAAUCAUUGGACUCCAAAAUAAUACUUUAUCAGGAAGUCUUCCUGAUGAUAUGUGUGAUCAUCUUCCAAAGCUUGAAGUGCUUAGCCUAAAUCAAAACGAGCUACGCGGUCAUAUGCCUCUAAGCUUGUCAAACUGUUCGAAACUUCAACUAUUGGGUUUAGUUUCUAACGAGUUUGAUGGACCCAUACAUAGUGAAAUUGGACAUCUAAGUAACCUGCAGUUUUUGUACCUCGGAGAAAACCAUUUCGAAGGAAUGAUUCCACAAGAAAUUGGGAUUCUAGGUAAUUUGGUGGAAUUAAGGCUAGAGAGAAACCAGCUUAUAGGUUGUAUCCCAAUCUCCAUAUUCAAUAUCUCCUCGCUGCAAAUUUUGGCACUGAUACAGAACAAUCUCUUUGGACCCUUGCCUGGGGAGGUUGGCAACUUGACCAAAUUGCAGUUUCUAGAGCUGAGAGAAAAUAUGCUAACAGGUGAAAUACCGAAAGGCAUGAGCAGUCUCAUUGAGUUGGUUUAUAUUGACUUGGCUAUGAACAAAUUUGUUGGCUCACUUCCCAUGGAGAUCUUCAACAUAUCAGGGAUAAGAACUAUUAGCCUGGUACAAAAUAAUCUGACAGGAACUCUCCCAUUAAAUAUCGGUUCAACGUUACCCAACAUUGAAGGUCUUUAUCUGGGUGCAUUAAAUCUUUUUGGGAUUAUACCUCAUACUCUCUCCAAUUGUUCCAAACUCAUUCAUCUAGACCUUGCUAAUAAUAGACUCACCGGUUUGAUUUCCAACUGUCUUGGAUAUUUGACUCAUCUAGAGUACCUACUCUUGGCGGGAAACUAUUUAAGAAGCGACAUUAUGUUAAGCUUCUUACCUUCCUUGUCAAAUUGUAGACAUUUAAAAUUACUUGACAUAUCUGGGAAUCCUCUAAAUGGUGUGCUUCCAAUCUCCUUAGGGAACCUUUCUGGUACUUCUCUUCUACACUUCAAAGCUUGUAAUUGCAUAAUUAAAAGGGAAAUACCAAGAGAAAUUGGGAACUUAACCAGUUUAAUAGACCUCGAUCUUUCAGGAAAUGGUUUAAUUGGAUCAAUUCCCACAACAAUUAGCAACUUGAGAUUCCUUCAGCUCUUUACCUUGAGUCACAACAAGCUCUCCGGAUUUAUUGGAGACGAUCUAUGUAAAUUGCAAAACUUGGGCUAUUUACACUUGACUCAUAAUCAACUUUCGGGAUCUAUUCCUAAUUUUUUGGGGAACUUAACUUCGCUUCAAGACAUAUUUCUAGGUUCCAACAAAUUGCAUUCAAAUAUUCCAGCAAGCUUAGGGAACCUCAAAAAUCUCAUGAAGCUAGAUUUAUCCUCAAACAACUUGGUUGGAUCUUUACCUCCAGAAAUUGGAAAUCUAAAGGCUGUGAUAUAUAUGGAUCUGUCAGUGAAUAAACUCUCAAGUGACAUUCCUGGAGAAAUUGGCGGCUUGCAGAAUCUAAUACACCUUUCUUUGAAGGAUAACGAAUUGCAAGGAACAAUUCCUAGCUCAAUGAGCAACAUGUUGGCUUUGGAAUUUCUAGAUCUUUCUCAUAACAAUGUUUCAGGAUUAAUUCCCAAGUCUUUGGAGCAGCUUCAAAAUCUCAACUACUUCAACGUCUCUUUCAACAAGUUGGUUGGUGAAAUCCCCUCUGGCGGUCCUUUCAAGAACCUCUCAAGUCAGUCAUUCCUGUUCAAUGAAGCAUUGUGUGGUUCUCAAAGAUUUCAUGUUCCGUCAUGCCGCACUAGUACUUCAAAGCAUAGAUCCAAAAGGAGAAAAGUACUUGUUAUAUUUCUAUUGGCCGGAAUUGCACUUUUUGUAUUAGCUCCUAUUGCUUUUUUUCUUGUAUGGAUAAGGUUUAUACGAGGUAAAAGAAAUGCUCCUCGGCAAACAUAUUCUGAUUCAUCUUAUGUCAUCUCAACAAGAAGAAGACUUUCAUACCAUGAAUUGCUCCAAGCAACUGAUUCACUCAGCGAGAGCAAUUUGAUUGGUUCCGGGAGUUUUGGCUCUGUUUACAAAGGCAUCCUCAGAGAUGGGACUCUUAUUGCUGCUAAAGUGUUCAAUCUGCAAUUGCAAGCAGCAUUGAGGAGUUUUGAUAGAGAAUGCCAAGUUUUGCGCAACCUUCGCCAUAGGAAUCUCACCAAAGUCAUCACUAGUUGUUCCAAUCUUGAAUUUAAAGCUUUGGUACUUGAGUACAUGCCUAAUGGGAGCCUCGAUAAGUGGUUGUAUUCACACAACUACUUCUUAGACAUCGAGCAUAGGUUGAGUCUAAUGAUAGAUGUGGCAUGUGCAUUGGAAUAUCUUCACCAUGGAUGUUCAUUGCCCGUGAUUCACUGUGAUUUGAAGCCUAGUAACGUCUUGUUGGAUGAGGACAUGGUUGGCCAUCUAAGUGACUUUGGCAUUUCAAAACUACUUUCUGAAGAUGAGAGUGCUUCGUACACUAAAACUUUAGCAACAUUGGGUUAUAUUGCACCAGAGUAUGGACUGGAGGGAUUGGUGUCAACAAAAUGCGAUGUUUACAGUUAUGGGAUCAUGCUGAUGGAAACAUUUACACGGACAAAGCCUAGUGAUGAAAUGUUUGAUGGAGCUCUUAGCUUGAAGCAAUGGGUGAGCAAUUCACUCCCACAUUCAGUAACGGAAGUUGUCGAUGCCAACUUAAUAACGCCACGGGAUAAUCACUUAGAGAGAAAGUUAGAUUGUGUGGUAUCCACCAUGAAUGUGGCAAUGGAUUGUUGUGUUGAAUCUCCUAGAGGAAGGAUCAACAUGAAAGAUGUUGUAGCGAGGUUAAAGAUGAUUCAGAUUCAACAUCUUGCAUGA